ACAUCCCUAAUAAUUUAUACAUAUAAUAUAUUAUAAACUAAUGAAGUUAAUCGAACGUAAAAUAGUUAGUGACGUUACGUUUACAUGCCGAUAGGGUUCUAUUGACACGUCCGCAUGAUUGAUAGGAACAAGUGCACACAUAUUCGGUGACCGUAACACUGUCGUAAGUCCUUCUGUACGUUUACGGACAUACGAUAGUUUGGCGUUGAAACGUCAAUAUGUCAUUAUCACGAACAAUACCAUGUUAACCAGACUGGGGACAUUUCUUACAUCAAACAUGAGUAGGUGUUUAUAAACAUAAAACGAUUAAUAGUGGAGCUAAAACAAUGUUUCGGACAUAAUUAAAUAGUUUUGAAAUAAGACUAUUCUUAUAAUUGGAUAAGUGGGCUCGGCAUAGAAGAGCCAAGUUAUAACAGCAUAAUAAAUAAAAGAAGAUGAAGGGCCUUUUGUUUCUGGUAUUUUGUUUGUCGUCUGCAUCCGCAAGAAUCACAGAAAUUCCAUUACCAUCUGAUGUACACUUGUGCUUCGAGCGUGAACUUACAAACUCUAACGUUACCAAUGUAAUUGGAGAAGUGAUAUUUUCGAGAUGUGUACAUAAAAUGUUGUGGAUUAAACAAACGCCAUGGUUACAGAAGCAGCCGAUAGGAAGGGACGCUGAAAACUGGAUUACUGGUCUUGUUGAUAUGAGCCAUAUUAUGGAUUUUCCUUCCGGAAAUAGCCACUUUGAUCCACACAAGGAUUUUCCUUCCGGAAAUCGUCACCUUGAUCCACACAAAGUACGUCCACGACGACAAGCAGGAAGAACAGACCAAUCACGCAGUUUCCAAACAGAACGAGGCCAGACCGGAAGACGCCAACAAACAUUGCGUCGUCAACCACGUGUCCGGAAAGAAUAUCGUAUGCUAACGGAAAGGGAGCGAUUUAUGUUUCAUAGGGCAAUAAACAUGCUUAAAGCAGAUACAUCAGUGGCGCCUAAUAAAUAUGACGCUUUGGCAAGACUACAUUACAUGUCUGUGGGCAGGGCUCAUUUUGGACCAAAUUUUUUACCGUGGCAUAGACUCUUUCUUGUCGUGAUGGAAAAUGCCCUACGAGAAAAAAUACCGUCUGUAACUAUACCUUAUUGGGACAGCACCCUGGAUGAUCCCCUCCUAGAUCCGAGGUCGUCGAUUAUUUGGACACCAGAAUUCCUCGGGCGGGCAAACGGUUACGUUGUUGAUGGACCAUUUGCUGAUUGGAACACUCCGACGGGACAGUUGGUACGCUAUUUUGGCAGCGGCGGAACUAUGAUGAACUGGACUUAUAUUUAUAACGUUUUCAGACAGAACCAUUUAGAAAAUAUAACUGAUCCGUAUGCUAAACCUGACAAUAAUAUAGAGGAUCAUCAUAAUCAGAUUCACACCUGGGUCGGUGGCCAUAUGGCACCGCCCGCACUAGCCGCUUUCGAUCCGGUAUUUUAUCUAUUGCAUUCAUUCAUUGACUUACUGUGGGAAAUAUUUCGGGGACUUCAAGAGCAACGAGGUAUAGACCCAACGACGGAUUUCCCGAGGAAUAUAACGGAAAUUCCCGAUGGGCAACGAUACGAUGACCCGUCUGGAUUCGGGACUUUGUUAAACAGGCAUGGAUUAAGCAAUGUCUUUACCGAUAACAUUUACAAAUACGAUCGCCCACCGUCAUGUUCGCUCCAAAAUCCGGAUUGUGGAUCUCUUAAUUUACGUUGUGAUACUACCGGUAUCCGACCUAAAUGCGUUUCAAAGUCAAUUUUUGAUAUACGGACAUUGCUGUUACCUAGUGGAUUGCCAAUGGAAGGUGGGUCGGGCAUUAGGGAAUUGAGAAGUGCCAAUUCAAAAGAGGAGAGGAAACAAGCAAAACUGUUUGAAAUGAUAGAAACCGUAUCAAAUGUACGAUGUCAGUCUAACAAUGUAAAUGAGAGAUAUGUGAAUAAUUUCGGCAUAGAUGGAGUGGUGGAUAAACAAAUGUGGGCUUAUAUACCAGUUCAAGUUAUUUACAGAAAUCAAAAGCUGAGUAGACAAUCACCUUACUCUGAUACCGUUUAUGAUAUUUGUAAAAGAAAUAUAUCAAAUGAUCUACCAUCUAGAAUAUUUGUUGAAUCAAAUGGUCUUAAUUAUAACGGAAUGUACAAAGAAAUUUCACAUUUCAAAAAUGAUCUGGCAACUGCCUCAGAGAUAACUUACCUGGGAGUUAAGAAACCGUCACGUGAUAUGUUCAGUGACGUGCUGGUUACCGCUUACGAUGAAUGCGGCCGAAUGUGCCAACCAUUUUGCCAAGAUGAUAGGGGAACCAGAAACCGGAAGUGUAAUGGAGCUGUACGAAUUUCAAAAUUGGCGCCACUUUUGUACGGAAAUGACAUGAAAUUAGCGGAAACCUCGGUGUGGAAGGAGAACGAAUACGGACUUCCAAAUAUUGUUGAAAAUGAAAUUUACAUUACUAUGCUUUGUGACACAUCUAAGUCAUUCUGGCCGUGGUAGACUUUUUAAAGUCGUCGACUUUCCAAAAAUAUUUAUUUCUUUUAGAUUUAUAUAAUUAAAACAUUGUUAUAUACUUGUUACAUUUUAUAUAUUAAAUCAAGAGGCCAUUUAAGUAAAAAGCUAUUUUUUCUACAAUUUUAAUUAGAAAUAAAUCUAG